AUGAAGAUCUUUCAAUAUUUAUCAUCACUACCAGAGAAUGAGAUACAAGAUUUAUAUUCAGAUGCAUUUACAUGUCGAGCAGUACUAAGAUCAUUGCCACCACGAGCCAAGCAAUAUCUGAUGAGAUUGUUGGUUGUAGAUUCGAUAUCGAUGCAAAGUGUCUAUCAAUGGACAACUCAAUCAUCUAUACAAGCACAUAAAGACGCUAUCAGAAAACUACUAGACCUCAAGAUUCUGACAAGAGUACCAAACCCAAAGGGUGUCGUUUCACAAGAUCAACUAUUUCUCAAUCAAAGAUUCAAAGAUAAUAUAAAAGAUUCAUUAACGGAUUUGGAUAGUGUAGUAUUAAAGAGUGUAAAAGAUAAUCAAUCUGCACAACAACAUAUAAAACCAAUGACAGUAGAGGAAUUGGAUAAAUAUUCAAAAGGACAAUGGGAAAAAGUACUUUAUUAUCUAUCAGAUGAAGGUAAAGCUCCUCCUGAAUUGGUAUCUGAUCUAUUAUUAUCAUCAAAUUUAACUAAAAAAAAUGGAACAUCAAUAGCAAUUACAAGUGAAGGUUUUAAAUUCAUGUUGAAAGACAUUUAUACACAAAUAUGGACAUUGAUCAUUGUUUAUUUAAAUACAUUGGAAUCUAGAGGAAGACCAAGAAAAGAGGCAUUAAUAUUUUUAUUUAAACUUAGUUUUCUAACAUUGGGAAAGUCAUAUUAUCUGGCCGACCUAAAUCCAAAUCAAAGAGACAUGUUGUUUGAUUUAAAAGAAUUUGGUUUAGUUUAUGUUAGAUCUGAAAAAUCAGAUGUAUUUUAUCCAACAAGAUUAGCAAUUUCAUUGGCAACUGGUAGAACGGUAUCAUUGAUGAAUGAUUUGGCACAAGAAAUAUCAACGUCACAAAAAGAUCAAGGCUAUUUAAUAUUAGAAACAAACUUUAGAAUCUAUGCAUAUACACAAUCAUCGUUACAAAUAUCAUUGAUUAGUUUGUUUGUAAAGAUGUUGUACAGAUUACCAAACUUGGCAGUUGGUAUUUUAACAAGAGAGAGUGUUAGAUCGGCUCUUUUACAUGGUAUCACUGCCGAUCAGAUUGUGGAUUUUGUCAAACAAAAUGCUCACCCCAACAUGGUGAUAUCUGGUUAUCCAGAAGUUGUAUUUGAACAGAUUAGACUUUGGGAGUCUGAAAGAAAUCGUAUCACCUAUAAGAAGGCCGUACUAUUUGACUCUUUCCCAAAUGCAGAAUCAUUUUCAAAGACUGUCACAUUUGCAAAAGAUCAAUACUUUUUAGUAUGGUUUGAUGAAACAAAGAAAAUGUUGGUUGUCAAUGAUGAAGGUAGUGAACCAAUUAGAAAUUAUAUUAAAAAGAAUUUUACCUAA